AUGGAUCUUUCUCGAGCCGAUGCUGCCAAGGCAGCGUCGGUGUUGCACAUUGCCUUUCCUGCUGCGACGGUCGCCUUGUUUGGCGCGCUGCCGAUUCUUCGCUUGCUUACCCAGGGUCCUGCUAGUAGGGCUGCAUAUCACGUUCAUUCAAGGCAUAGAUGGUGGUUGCGAGUAUUGGAUCCGCUUGUUGUUUUGGCGUUUAUUGGACAAGCUUUUGUGACCGCUUCCACUAGAGAUGUCAAGAUUGAUGCCGCCGUCCCAAGCGACCUUCUUUACGCAUUUGCUUCCAUCUUAAUCUGGGGAGGAAUCAGCAUCCUUCUCAUAGAAGCAGAAUCACCAUACUGGCCGUCAUACAUUGUCGCCUGGACUGGUGGUUGCGUCUUUGAUGCUAUCCUCCUCGGCAUCUCCGCCUCUGAACUCACGGAAAAUGACGCCUGGCGCUCAAGCUUAGUAGUUCUACAGGCAGCUCGAAUUGUGCUCUUCUCAGUACUAGCCCUGUACUGCUACUUCGUUCUGAAGAGCGACACAACCACCGAGAAGGCGUCGGACGAAGAAACACGUAGCCUCCUUGGCUCGCAGGACAACCCCGUCAACUCAGGCUCAUCAACCGCUUACGGAUCCCUCCAUACUGCUGAUGAUGACGACGAGGGAGGCGACGAAGAGUGUUCAGAUGACGAAGACGACAAGGAAAUCAAGAUGCUGCAGAAGAAGCGUCUCGAGGAGGCGGGCGGGUGGCUCGGGUACCUGAAAACACUCCUCGUGUUUCUGCCAAUAAUCCUUCCAUACAAACAUCGACCGACACAGAUGUGGAUUGUGGUUUUGGGUAUUUGCAUCGUGCUACAGCGCUUUCUCACCUUGAUGAUACCCCGUCAGUACGGUAUCUUGACCGAAGCUAUCGGCAACAUGAGCGGUACAGGACACGUCCCCUGGAAAGAAUUAAUCACCUGGGGACUCCUAAACUUCCCCAUCGAAGCCACCCUCUCCCUCCUCAACUCCCGAGCAGGAGAACGAGUCUCCCAGUUCGCCUACCGCCAACUCACCACCCUAGCCUUCUCCCACGUCAUGAACCUCUCCAUGGACUACCACACCUCCAAAAGCACCGGCCGCGUAGCCAAGGCCAUCGAGCAGGGCAGCAACCUCAGCUACAUGCUCAGCAGCUUCUACAGCUCCUUCCCCAUCUUCAUCGACUUCUUCAUCGCCAUCGUCUACCUCAGCACCGAAUUCGACGCCACUAUGGGCUUCAUCGUCCUCGCCACGUCCAUGAUCCACAUCUACGUCGCCUACAAGGGAAACAUCAAGACUGUCCAGAUCGAGCGACAAGUCACGGAGACGAGCCGCGCCGAAAACGAGACCCUCUACGACUCCAUCACCAACUGGCCGACCGUGGCGUACCACAACCGCCAAAAGUACGAGGAGGACAGGUACGCCGCCUCUGUGUGGAAGGCGAUUCGGAGCCAGCGCGCCUUCUACAACACCAUGGACAAUGUCAAUUUCCUGGAGAGCUUUGUCAUGGAGGCGGGUCUUUUUGCGGCGGCGAGCUUGGUUGCCGUGCGGAUUGCCAAUGGGACUGCGAAAUUUAGCAGUUUUGUGUUCUUGGUGUCGUAUUGGGAUUCGAUUCGGUCGCCCAUGAUUACGUUGGCUUGGAAUAUUCGCGAGGCGACUACGCAUGUUAUUGAGGCGGAGUGGCUGUACCAGCUGAUUCAGACGAAGCCCUCUGUUCAGGAUAGGGACGGGGCUGAGAAGAUACGCCUCAAGGGGGGGAAGGUUGAGUUUAAGGAUGUGGCCUUUUCGUAUGGCCCUGAGAGGCCGAUUAUUCGGGGCAUGACCUUUACUGCUGAGCCGGGACAGUCGGUUGCUCUUGUGGGCGAGACUGGCAGCGGCAAGUCGACGACGUUGAAGCUGCUGUACCGAUUCUACGACGUUUCGGAGGGGUCUAUUUCCAUUGAUGGCCAGGAUAUUCGUGACGUGACGCUCACCAGUCUCCGUGAUAUCCUGGGUGCUGUCCCACAAGAUCCGUCCGUCUUUGACCAGACUCUCAUGGAGAACAUCUUGUACGCACGACCCGGCGCAACGGAAGACGACGCCAUUGAAGCAUGCAAAGCAGCUCGGAUCCACCACCAAAUCAUGAAAUUCCCCGACGGAUACAAUACCCGACUCGGUGAGCGAGGCGUCCGUCUGAGUGGUGGUGAAUUGCAGCGUCUGGCUAUUGCACGUGUAAUUCUGCGUCAGCCCCAGAUUGUGGUGCUGGACGAAGCGACCAGCGCGGUUGAUUCAGAGACAGAGUCCCUGAUCCAGCAGGCCAUUGGGGCAUUGAGCGCCGGCAGAACCGUGUUUAUGAUUGCACAUAGGCUGUCGACGGUGGUGAAUGCCGAUUUGAUCCUUGUAGUUGACCAGGGACAAGUCGUGGAGAGAGGCUCACAUAGAGAGUUACUGCAGCGGAAUGGCAAGUAUGCUCGACUGUGGAACAUGCAGACCCAUGUCAAAGAUGGGGAAUGA